CUACUAAAUAAAUAGCAAAAAUACAAAAUGAAUGAAUUUACUAGUAUAUUGGUUACAAAUUAAAAAAAAAACUGGGUGAAAAAGUAAAUAAUAGAAAAGUUGAUAAGAAUAUAAUUAGUUAAAACUAAAAUAGCAAAUAAAUAAAUAAAUUAAAAUCACACAUUUACACCAAAAUAUAGUUUAUUAAUUAAAGCAAUAUUUACCUAGUUUUAAAGUGUAUAUUUUAAGAUAAUUUGCUAGGUUGAUCAACUAAAUAAAUAAAAAUCAAUUUGCCAUCCUCUCUUGACCGUCUUUCAAAACUUUGGACCAUACGACUUUGACUCUCUCUCUCUCUUUCUAAAAUCUUUCCAUCGUAUUUGGCUGCUUCUUCUCUCUACUUUUCUUCACUUUAAUAUUUUCUAUGUUUUCAAAUAAGAAAAUAAAAAUAGAACGAAUAACUUUCCCUCCCUCCCAUGUCUCUCUCUGGUUACACAUAAGCUACGCGAUGGAUCUCUCUAAUUAUCUAUCCUCCUUCCUCAUCUUCAUCUUCAAAUUCUCAUAAUCUUCUGUUGUGUUUGGGAGAAGGUGACAUCAUCCUUCAUGGACGCAAUCUUCUUAACGGAUGAUCCGAAUACCCGGAAACAAUUAAUUGGGUCGCUAGCUCAUUCUUUCGGAUGCAUCUACGUUUCUCUCUGGUCCUAUUAUUUUCCUCGACCGUCUAACUACUUGAUAUCAUUCGAUGGAUAUUACAAUGAAGCAUCUCACGAGCCUUCUACGUCUACUGGAAGUUUAGCGAGAAGAUUGUUCAAUGAGUAUCGCCAAUCCGUCAUUCCUCUCCAAAAUGGACAUAUACCAAGCAUGGCGUUCAUGAAUAAUCUCCCAUACCUAGAGAUUCAGACACAAGAUAUUCAAAGACUUGCUUCUAACGACGCACAGCGUCUCUUCUAUCAGGAAGCCAGGAUUCAGACGGUGAUAUUCAUGGGUUGUCGGAGCGGGGAGAUCGAACUCGGAUUGACGUAUGAUGCUGCAAAUAUGAAAGUAGAAGCAAGUCUUCGAGAUUGGUUCCCUGAAGAUUUCAGUAGAAAGACUUCUCCGGUCAACUCAGACUAUCUCCGGCCACCGCCUCCUCCGUCUUCAUCUUCUUCCUCUCUUAGAUCACUAGAUAGCCCCCAAAACGCCUCCGAAUAUUCCUCUCUCUUAUUCCCACUCAUCCCUAAACCUUCAACGACGACUGACGCCGUUAACGUUCCGUUGCAUACGCUGCUAGCUCCGGUCACCACAGCAGAAACAACGACCAACAUGAUCCAUCAACAACAACAAGAGCCUUUGUUUCGCAACCGUGAACGUGAGGAGGAAGUAAUGACGCAAGCUAUCUUAGCGGUUUUAUCGAUGUCUUCAAGUCCUUUGUCGCCGCAGCGAAAAGGAAAGGCCACCGCUUUUAAGAGAUACUACUGCGUGGCUGCCGGCGGCGGUGGGAGCGGUAGAGCACCGCAACCGCCGAGUGUACGGAGGCAAAGUAUGAUGAAAAGAUCUAUUUCGUUCUACAAUAGGCUUAACAUUAACUGGAGAGAGCGUUUUCCUAGGGGAAACGCUACCGGCGGCGGCAGUGAUGGAAUCGGUGGAAGCGGUGGCGGACGUGGGCCAACCGCAACGCAGUUGCAUCAUAUGAUAUCGGAGAGGAAACGGCGAGAAAAGCUUAAUGAGAGCUUUCAAGCAUUAAGAUCUCUCCUUCCUCCUGGAACUAAGAAAGAUAAAGCAUCGGUCCUCACAAUUGCAAGGGAUCAUCUAACUUCUUUGCAAGGUGACAUUUCGAAACUACUAGAGAGAAAUCGAGAGCUGGAGGCUAAGAUAGCGGGGGAAAGAGAGAUGGAAACUUUUUUACAAGACAAUAAGAGGUUUAACGUUCGUAUAAUACAUAUACCCGAAUCCACAUCCAGAGAAAGGGUUUUGGAUCUAAGAAUUGCUCACAGAGGAGACAACAUUGGGGCUGAUGAUUUGAUCAUAAGGCUUCUAGAGUUCUUAAAGCAAAUCAACAAUGUGAGUUUAGUAUCAAUCGACGGUAAAACCCGAGCUAGAGAAGAUGGAGUUACUUCGGUCAUUCUCGUGAGCUUAAGGCUCAAGAUUGAGGGUGAAUGCGACGAAUCAGCCUUCCAAGAAGCAAUCAGAAGAGUUGUUGCUGACUUGGCUCACUGACAACAAGUUUGAUUAUUUCCUAAAUCCUAACCGUAUGUUUAAUUCUUAUAAUCAUAGUUUCGUUUCUCUUCUACGCUUACAACUUAAUAAUAUACAUAUAAAAUUAAUGAUUGAUGUUAUUUACGGACAGUCUGUUUUGUUACGCUCGCGUUCGGCGGCUCAUAUCGUUUUCGAUGGUCCUCUUCGUGUUCUUAUUACUGUAGACUGUUUCAGCCGUUCGUCGCUAUUCCGUGAAUCAAUCUUGACCCAUUGUUUCUGUCAAUUAUUAUUGUUGUUAACGACGUAUAUAGGCAAUAUUUAUUUAAA